AUGAGUGAAGAUGAAGAGAUGAUUGAGAACAAUGAAGGAGUUUCAGUUGAAAAACAGAGGGAGCCUAGAGAAGAUGAGGAGAAAAAGAGUGAGAAGGGUAAAGAUAUAGAUGAAUCACCUUAUGCACGGAUGCCUUAUCCGAGAAAGAAGCCAUAUGAAAGGGUGAAGAAGCUAGACCGUGAGAAGGAUUUCAAAAAGUUCAUGAAAGUCCUUAACAAGUUGGAAAUUGCAAUCCCGUUAGUUGAGGCAUUGGAGCACAUGCCACUUUAUGCUAAGUUCCUCAAAGAAAUUCUCACCAAAAAGCGGAAGCCGUUAGAUGACGAGAUGGUUAGCAUGACCGAAGAGUGUAGUGCGCUUAUUCAAAGGAAGCUUCCCCAAAAGAGGAAAGAUCAGGGGAGUUUUACCAUUCCGUGUUCUAUUGGUAAUCUAAAUAUUGGAAAAGCACUAUGUGACCUCGGAGCAAGUAUCAAUCUAAUGCCACUUUCCAUGAUGAAGAAGAUACCGGGAGCCAUUGCCAAGCCCACCAAAAUGGGUCUUUCUUUGGCGGAUAGAUCAAUUGUGUGCCCGGAAGGAAUCCUACAUGAUGUACUUGUGAAAGUGGGUGGAUUUGUGUUCCCGGCGUAUUUUGUGGUGCUAGACAUGGAGGAAGAUGGUAAUUGGGAGCCCCUACUUCUAGGGAGGCCAUUCUUGGCUACAAGCCGUGCCCUCAUUGAUGUGGAAUUAGGGGAGCUGAUGUUGAGAAUGGAGGAUGAGAAGAUCGUGUUUAAUGUGUUUGAGACUAUGAAGAGCUAUGACGGAGAUCCCUAUGACUUACAAGAGCAAAUGGGGGAUGGCUUGAUUAAGGAUGAGUGCAAGAUGGAUGAGAUGAAGUUUCCUUGGCCACAAGGUGGCACACACUUUCCAUAG